AUGCACUUCAUCAAGGCUCUCCUCUUCCUCUCGGCCCUCGCGCCCAUGGCAUUCGCCACUGAAGCUGCCUCUGCCGAAUGUAUCACAAAGACCAUCACUCUGGUGCCAUCCGGCUACACUCCUCCCCCGUCGUCCACCGCGACUCCUAUCCCGACCACAACCUCGACUGAGCCCUCGUCGACCUGGACCCCUAUUAUUACUAGCACUCCCUCCUCCUCCAGUGCUAUCCCUUCCGUGAGCCGCAUCGCCAGCUCCUCCACCCGCCUGAUCAAGUCUACCACUACCAGCUCCCACGCCGGUGAGACUGCCUCGGCUACUCCUUCCACCCCUGUUACCGCCGGUGCUGCUUCAAUCCACCUCUCUGGUUUCAUGGUUGCUGGUGCAGCUGCCAUUGGGGGCCUUCUCAUGGUCUAA